ACUAAAUGAACUUUUCCAUUCCACGUCUCCGAUUAGCUUUUAACAAACACUUGAGGGCGCUCUAUAUACACGCCGCUAUUUUCAAGUCUUGCAAAUUAAAGGGUGCUGGUGGCAUAUUCGCGGCUGAUGAUACUUCCGCUGUUUUAGAAGCCAAAAGAGAUAUCGUCAUGCAAACCGUCAAAGCCAGAAAACCAGUCAAGAAGUCCAGCAGAAAAGAGCCACCCUCUUCUGAGCAGACUCCGCCCACACCUUCCAAUGCACAACAUCCUCCACCAGCCGAACCAAUUAUAGAACCCAGACUCCCCUUCUGGGAAGUUGUCAUCUACUUGGUUUUGGCAGUUGGGUUACUGUCUACAGCCAUCUACAAUGUUUACGUUUCUUCUCAAGAACAUAUGGAUGGGUUUGGCUCAUAUAUCCUGCAACCAGGCUGGUCAUUCCUUGGGAACAGAUACAAGGACAUAUCUGAUUUUGAGUGGAGUUACUGGACAGCUAUGAUCACACCAUUCCUGCUGGUGCUGUUGGUUGGUCACAUCAGCCUCGGACAAGUUGUGGAACACACUAUGCCAAAGUUCAAGAAGCAUUUUCUUCUGGUGUACUCCCUGGUGUGUCUGACGGGUCUAUUUGGUCUGAAAGCGGUCGUUGUCUUCUGCUUGUACACCACCUUUGCCUACCUGGCGUCACGGACAAAGUCAGCAGUGGUGGUCUGGGUUGUCAUUGGUCUGGAAAUUCUCAGCUUGGGAGUGGAUUCCAUAUCUGAGUACAUGCACGCUGUCUUCCCCGAUGAAGAACUGUACAACCAUGUGGCAUUCGGUACGGCUCUCUGCCUGUGUCGUCUUCUCAGCUUUAGCCUGGAGUACUGCAAACAUGCCAAACAAUCGCAAGAAGCUGGUGCCCACCACCAGCAGGGCACCGGUGAAGCCUGGGGGUUCUUUGACAUCAUGGUGUACAAUUUCUACUUGCCACUAUUUGCCAGUGGACCCAUAUUGACUUACGAGAAAUUUUCAAAGCAAAUAAAUCAGGUUCGAAGGCCAUUCACAAGAGACGAGGUCAAGAAAAUUCUCAAGGAAUUUGGACGAUAUAUCUUCUGGGCGCUCUUCGUUGAGUUUGUUUUACAUUUCUUGUACUUUCCUGCAUUCCAUCAAGUGCGAUAUGUGUUCCAAUUCCUUCCAACAUGGUCAUUAGCUGGUGUCGGGCUGUGCCACUUAUUAUUCUUCCAAGUCAAGUACCUAGUGACUUACGGCAUACCGCGGGCCAUAGCGCUGUGUGACCGCAUAGAUGCACCACUGCCGCCUAUUUGUGUGCUUGGAAUGUAUACAUUCCAAGACAUGUGGAAAUACUUUGACAGAGGUCUCCAUUCCCUCUUAGUGAGCGUCAUCUACAUUCCCAUGGGUGGUUCCAAGUACGGCCUAUUCCGUCAACUCCUAGCCUCGGUAGUCUGUUUCUCCUUUGUCUUCGUGUGGCAUGGCCUGGAGAGGCAUCUUUUCUACUGGGCCCUGAUCAACUGGCUCGGCAUUGCAAAUGAGAUGUUAGUCCAGAAGUUGGUCGAUUGGCUUGGAGUCAUGUCUUAUCUUAAACACAAGCUGCCGCCCUCCAUGUACUGCAGAUUACUGGGGCUAAUCCUUACACCCAACUUUAUGGCCCUGGCUUUGUCAAAUCUGGUGUUCUUAGGAGGCACUCGCAUAGCUAAUAUCUACGUCAACAGUCUUACGCAUUCGGAUUCGCCUUGGCCUUUCGUCACUACUUUUGUAACAUUUUAUGUUGUCCUCCAAGUCACCAAGGCAGCACAUCAGUAUUUCGGCAAAACCUAUUUGUGCAAAAAACUUUAUGCGAACUGAAGAAUGACUUAAUCCAACUUUAAUUGUGCUUAGUAUUUUUUCUUGCCUGAAAUAGUUUUAAAGGAGAUGUGAAGAUGUUGAAGUGACUGUAUCAUUUCAUAUUAACUAUUUUCGUUUCAAAUAAUGUAUACAAUUUUAACUUUACAUUGUGGAAAGAAUGCAGUAUUUAGACGCCACUUCUCUGGUUGUGUUUUUCCAUGGAGAGUCAAGUGGAUUUUCAAAGUGUUGUAACUGACACUUUGUUUAGUUUUUGUUGUUGCUUUUGUUGACUAGCCACCGCCCUCCGGCUGCGUGUUUUGGCGCGUUGGGUCACAGGUGUUCUGACCUAUAUAUCUGGCUAAGUGCACACUCUAGAAAUUACUUUCUAUAAAUAGGUCAUUAAAAGGUUUGGCUACUCCAAGUUGUUACAAUGUAAUACAUUUUGUGAAGCUGUGAUUGACUGCUUGCCUAGUGCCUAUGCUGGGAAUCAACAGUUGCAGUUCUGAUAGGCAGUGCAGCGAGUGGAACUCACAGUCUGUUUGGCGAAAUAAAUAAGGGCUUCCUUUUGCAUUUUGCUGGACUUGGAGGACAAGAGCCCAAGAGGUUCCCGCUACCGUAUUUUCCAACAAAAUUGGAAAUGUUUCUCGUCUCAGAUUCAUGCCUUUUCAACAUUUUUGCAACGACUGACCUUCAUUGAGAUAAUAGGGCCUAUAUGAUGAAAAAACGUCAUCAGAAUGCAACAUUCUUUCCCACUAUAUAGCUCAUUUUUAUUCUGGCAUAACUGUACAUGCAUAUACCAAAAUAUACCAAAAUGCCCCAACCAAUUAACAGCUUGGUUAAACUACAUCAGUUCCAAAUAAACUAUUUUCAGAUUCAAAUUUUGUUACAUUUUAAAUUAGUGAUACAAUUACCGGUUGGCGAUAGUUAUCCGUUGGUUAAUAAGCCUCUGUACUGAUGACGUCACACUUUGUUUACGUGUGUGCUUUCCUAUGGUGCUCAGUGGACCGUGGGCCCCCACUGGCUUCAUAGGAAAGUGCACAUGUAAACAAAGUGUGAGGUCAUCAGUACAGAGGUUUACCGGUAUUACUACAUUAUCAGUUGUAUCACAUCCCCCUUUUUUUAAUAAAAUGUUAAAUAUUUCGGGUUCACUAUAUCGAUCUUUUGAAUUGAAAUCAGGCAAUCAUUUUAUCUUUUUUGUUUCCACAAAAUUGUAUUUGGUUGAAGACAUUUCUGAUUUUCAAUUGAUUCUUUUGACGUGUUGCCAUUAUAAUUUACAACAUUGUAACCAAUGUAGAGACAUUUUGUACUUCAAUAAAAUAUAUUAUGAAAUAUAAGUAA